UCAGAUCAAGCUUUUUCACUAUAAAAAAGUACACAAAUACCUACUCACCAACUUCUACCCAUUCAUCAAUCAAUGGCUUCCAUUUCUAAGCUUCCAUCUCCGGCUACCACCCUAAAGUCUUCCCCUUUACUCUCAAAACCACCUCUUGUCGCCGCCGUCUCUCUGGGUUUUCCGGCAAGAUUUUCACCUUCUUCUUCCCGGUUGUCCCUUCGCUCCAGUUCUCCUCUAGCUGCCUCUUUGAUUGUGAGAUGUAGUCAAAAUGGUGGAAACGGAAGCCAUGUGAAGAGAACAACCCUUCAUGAUCUUUAUGAGAAGGAAGGGCAAAGCCCAUGGUAUGAUAACUUAUGUCGUCCUGUUACCGAUCUUAUUCCCCUAAUUGAAAGUGGUGUGAGAGGUGUUACAAGUAACCCAGCGAUCUUUCAAAAAGCGAUAUCAACCUCAAAUGCUUACAAUGAUCAAUUCAGGGAACUUGUACAGGGAGGAAAAGACAUUGUAAGCGCAUAUUGGGAACUUGUCGUGAAAGAUAUUCAAGAUGCUUGCAGACUAUUUGAGCCAAUUUACGAUGAAACAGAUGGUGGUGAUGGUUAUGUCUCUGUUGAGGUUUCACCCCUGCUUGCUGAUGAUACCCAAGGAACUGUUGAUGCUGCAAAAUGGUUGCACAAAGUGGUUGAUCGUCCAAAUGUAUACAUCAAAAUCCCUGCAACUGCAGCAUGUGUUCCUUCAAUUAAAGACGUUAUAUCCUUGGGAAUAAGUGUUAAUGUGACUCUCAUAUUCUCCUUAUCUAGAUAUGAGGCAGUUAUUGAUGCUUAUUUGGAUGGGUUGGAGGCUUCAGGUCUUGAUGAUCUAUCUAGAGUCACAAGUGUGGCUUCUUUCUUUGUAAGUCGAGUAGACACACUUGUCGACAAAAUGCUCGAGAAGAUUGGGACACCAGAGGCACUUGACCUUCGAGGAAAGGCUGCAAAUGCACAAGCAGCUCUAGCUUUCCAACUUUACCAGAAGAAAUUCUCAGGUCCAAGAUGGGAAGCCCUUGUGAAGAAAGGUGCUAAGAAGCAAAGGCUGCUCUGGGCUUCAACUAGUGUCAAGAACCCAGCAUACCCCGACACCCUUUAUGUAGCCCCACUUGUUGGGCCUGACACGGUCUCAACAAUGCCUGAUCAAGCUCUGCUAGCAUUCAUUGACCACGGUACUGUUGGAAGGACAAUUGAUGCAAAUGUAUCAGAGGCUGAAGGUAUUUACAGUGCACUCGAGAAGUUGGGGAUCGACUGGGGCUUUGUUGGGUCUCAGCUGGAGCUGGAAGGAGUAGAUUCUUUCAAGAAAGCCUUUGAUAGCCUGCUUGAUAGCCUUCAAGAAAAGGCCAAUUCUCUCAAAUUAGUGAGCCUGUAAACAUCAAUAUGUGCUUCGAAUGUUUAAUUUGUGUCAACAGACAAUAAAGAAUAAAAGGUGAUUGUGUAAGCGAACGAAAUAUAUGUAAUGUGAGUUUAAUGUGAAGUAGUGAAAUGAUGAUUGGUUUUGGGUUUUUAUAAUAAACAUCCCUUAUCUUAA